CAGGUGGAGAAUUGGUUUCGUGUCGGAUGAAAAAUGGUUGAUGCUUUGAGCUUCUACAAACUACAAUUGAAAUUACAUUCAUCUCCAUUAAUUCGCAAAUCUUCUCUCAUAACAAAUGCACUACCGAUUCGAUCUGCCAUCGCCGCCUACGUUCCAGCUGAGCCAUGGUCAACUUUGACGCCUAGUGCCAAAGCGCCAAGUGGCGCGGUGACUGACUACCCCCAGACAUUCGGUAUCAUCGUUCAACCUAUUGCCACUGUUUCUUCCGCGGCUGCCGCCCCUGUUGCGGCGAAGGGCGUCAACAAGGACCAGGCCGUUUCUCAGAUCGGUGACGGCCAGGUUCAGGCCACCACCAAGACUGCUGCUCCUGUGGUUACUCAGAUCGGUGAUGGUCAAAUCCAGGCCACCACCAAGGCUGUUGCUCCUGUGGUUACUCAGAUCGGUGAUGGUCAGAUCCAGGCCACCACCAAGGCUGCUGCUCCUGUGGUUACUCAGAUCGGUGAUGGUCAGAUUCAGGCCACCACCAAGGCUGCUGCUCCUGUGGUUACUCAGAUCGGUGAUGGUCAGAUUCAGGCCACUACUAAUACCGCUGCUCCAGUUGUAAGCCAAAUCGGCGAUGGUCAAAUCCAGGCCACUACCAAGACCGCUCCUGUGGUUACCCAGAUCGGUGACGGUCAAAUCCAGGCCACCACCAAGACCGUUGCGGGUGUUUCUCAAAUCGGCGAUGGUCAGAUCCAGGCCACCACUGCCAAGACUGUGGUCACCACUGGGGUUGCUCAGAUCUCUGAUGGCCAAGCCCAGAACACUGCUCCCGCCGUGUCGGGUCCAGUGCAAUUGGAGACUUGUUUGACAGACUCAUCUUUGGCGAUUACCUUGAAGGGUGGUAUUAUCAACGAUAAGCAUGGCAGAGUCGGUGCUAUUGUUGCAAACAGACAAUUCCAGUUUGACGGUCCUCCACCACAGGCUGGUUCCAUCUACGCGGCCGGUUGGUCUAUCACCACCGAUGGUUUGUUGGCCUUGGGUGAUUCUACAACUUUCUACCAGUGCUUGUCUGGCUCUUUCUACAACUUGUACGAUGAGAGUAUUGGCACUCAGUGUAUUCCUAUCAACCUUGAGGUUGUUAAUUUGAUUUCUUGUUAGCUGGCUGAGCUAGCUCCUUUGGAACAAAUGCUGCGCAUGCUCCAGAGGUUUUAUUUCGUUUUACGAAACGUGGGUUACAAUCCCUAAACUGCAUUCCUUACAAUUUCAUCGAUUAAUUUUUCUUUUUUUUUUCUGGUACAGUAUCCUCGC